AUGAGUUCGAUGCCAAAACCAGAGAGACAUGCUGAAUCAUUACUUGAUAUUUGCCAUGAUAACAACUCCUCUCCAACUGAUAUGACGACAGUUAACAAAAAUCAGAGCAUAAUCUUGCAAAGCCUUAGCAGCAGUGAGGAGUUUGACCAAGAGGAUGACUGUGAUUAUUCCACACCGGUUAGUGAAGGAGAUUCAAGGAGCGAGACACAAGACUGGCCGCCAAGAACAGAAGAUGUUGAGAUCAUUGUGGCUUUUCCAAGAGAUAUCAGCCAUCCCCAAGAUGGGAGACAAGAAAACCCAAAAGAGAACAACCAGAUCCCCUCAGCGCAUCAAGAGUCUCCAGGAGCACAUGCUGUUUCUCUCCCAGACAACACCGAGAUGGUGGAACUGACGUCAGGGACUCUGGCCACGCAACCUGUGCUUCUGGAGAAAGAACAAAACUCCAAGACAUUGUGUGAAGUGGACGUGGACUUCCUGAGGCCAAGACCUUGCCUGGAACCAAGCACUUCCAUGUCUGUCACCAGACGUGAUAUUCUUCACUUUCUCAAGGGGCAGCAAAGAAAAUCAGAAGAGUUUUCUACCUCUGAUGUGAAGCAUGUUAACCGAAGAAUUGAGUUACCUCUGCUACCAUUGUCACUCCUGCCCAGAAGAUCUGGUCUCCUUACACCCCCUCUAAACCACAAGGCUCAGAAAGAGAGAGAAAGACGUGUUCCAAGCCCCCUGUCCUUCAGACCUAAGAUCACAGAGAUCAUUAGUCAGUCUGAUGAGUUUAGACCAUCAAACAAGCAACAGGAAGUCCCGCAUAAAGUGUUUACAGAACACUCCCUCAGAUCUUCUGAUAGUUUCAUUUGGUCCAGGAAUAUGUGCUCUUUUUGGGAGGCUAACUUACGCAGAGAAUACUCGGAAGUGGGGAAGGAAUGGAAAUCUAUGGAAAUAGAAGGAUGUCAUGAAAUUGAAAGCGAUAACUUUGAAAAGGGACAAUCUCUGAUGUUGUUUGAGAAUUAUAAGGAAGAGUUUAUUUCCACUGAGAGGGAAGAGGAUAGAAGCUGCCCUGGGAAUGAAAUGAGAAAUGUGAGAGAAGAGAGCUCUCAAAGUCUUUCAUCAACAAAUAAAGAGAACUCGGUACUCCAAAACCAUGAACAAGGAUUAGAGUUUGCCUGUGUGAUCCGAAGCAAGCUCCAAGAAGCUCAGCAUUCGAAGGCAAUGCAAGGCCAGGAUGAAGAGAUUAGAAGUCACAAAACUGACUCAGAAAGUGCUUCAGUGGGAAAAGGAGAUGCAAUGGAGCAAAAUGGUGAUCAAUUAGAAGAGUGUCCUGCGCUUCAAAGCUUGUCCAAUAGAGCCCCUGAUGGCAUCAUUGGAAAACUCCCAGAGGACCAUAGUGGCAUGGAGACAAACAUGAAAACAUCAGUAGAAGCAACCAAAGCAGAAAUGAAUGAAAUGGUGCCUCUUACCUGCUUCACUUUGCCCAGUGAGGAAGUCCCCAAAGAACCAGCAAUGGUCAAACCAAGCCUCCAAAAGAGAAAAGGUAAUCUUCAUACCAUCACCCACAGCCUCAACAUACGUGUGCCACGGGACAAUGGCAAACAGAAGGUGGAAACCUGUAGACAUAAGUUGGAUUCCAAACCCAAGAUAAUUAACAGGCCAGCUCAGAAUUGUGUGACUUCCACUGAAGGGUCCAUGAAGCCUACCAUGCACAAAACCAGCUUAAAAACACAAGUAUUCCCUGCCUUGGGGCAUGUUGACCCCAAGUCUCAGCACUCACCCAAGUUUCAAAGGAAAAUGCCACAGACAGAAAAGAAGCAAUCGACUUACCGGGCUCUGAAGCCGAAAAGGCCAUCAUUCCCUUGUAUCUGUAAAAAUCCAGGGACAAAAAAGUCUUCUGUUCCUUUUACUGGGCAACAGAUAGAACCAAACGUAAACCAGCUAGAUCUCAAGUACAGUGACAUGUUCAGAGAAAUCAAUUCGACUAGCAAUGGACCUGGGAUCUAUGAGAUGUUUGGGACCCCUGUUUAUUGUCAUGUAAGAGAGGCUGGGCGACAUGAAAACAAACAUUACCGUGAGAUAUGCUCAGCUCCAUCGGGCAGAUGUAUCACCAACAAAUGUCGACCGUCAGUGGGUGAGAGGAGCAAUAAUAGCAGGACCAGACAUUCCCAGAAAAGACCACAUGCAAAACCUCCAAAGACUUCUCUCAGCAUGAAACAAAAACACAGAAGUUUGGUUUCUAAAGAAAAGAGUUGCAAGCCAGUAAUAGCUGGGAAUCUAGACGACCUUGACAAUAUUGAUGGCGUUGUAGAAUCAGAAUGGGAAGUAAGAUCUUCAGGAAACGGCUUUCUCUCUUUCAAAGAUGAUGCUCAGCCCAUGAAAUUGGUUCCAUGUCCUGAGGAGUCCAUGGAACAGAAGGAAUCCCUUCCUGUUUCAGAUUUGCCUGUGGUUGAAGAGGUCUCUGUGGAAGAGUCGGCCAACGAAGGAGAUGUUUGUAACAAUCAGCUCCUUGUCAGGAGCCUUAGAGAUUUGCAGGAACUUGAAGAGCUACAUCAGCAGAUCCCAUCCAUCCCAUCGGAAAACAGCUGGGCACUGCCCAGUAAGAAGAAUGCCAACGAACACGUAAUGCAAGAAAAGGAGAACCAAGACUCCCUCGUUAGUUUAAAUGCUGACUCAAUUGUAACUGAUGAUCUCGAAUUUGACAGUGUUUCUGAUACGUCUAAGAUAUUCAUGAACUUCUCUUUCCAUGAGAAAAAAGGAUGCACAACUUCCCAAAGAUAUCAAGAUUGGGCCCAUUCUUUGCAUUCUUUGGACCAUGAUAGUUUAUCAGGUAAAUCGACGACGUCUCAAAUGUUUGAGAAGUCUUUAGAUGAUGAAAACUCAAUUUCCCAAGAAAUUCUAAGCUCUGUAAAGAAUGAAGAACUGACAGAUGAACUGCUGGGCUGUCUAGCUGCAGAACUCUUAGCUCUUGAUGAAAAAGAUAACAACUCUUGCCAAACAAUGGCAAAUGAAGCAGAUUUUGAAAGUCUAAAUUUUGGCUUCAGUAGGAGAGGAAAUACCACCCAUGAAUUGGGCAGAGAAGCAGCAAGCGUCAAAAUCCAGGGGUACAGUAAUGGAUUGAAGAUUUAUGAGAGAGAGGAGAAAUUUCUCCUAUCAAAUGAAAAGAAGACCUUUUCUGGAAACAGUUUAAAGUGUGAAGAGCCUAUCCUGUGGACCAAGGGUGAUAUCCUGGGGAAGGGAGCCUAUGGCACGGUGUACUGUGGUCUUACCAGCCAAGGGCAGCUAGUCGCUGUGAAACAGGUGGCUCUGGAUACCUCUGAUAAAUUAGCUACUGAAAAAGAAUACAGAAAACUGCAGGAAGAAGUAGAUCUCCUCAAGGCACUGAAACACGUCAACAUUGUGGCCUAUUUAGGGACGUGCUUGGAAGAGAACAUUGUAAGCAUUUUCAUGGAGUUUGUCCCAGGUGGGUCAAUCUCUAGUAUUAUAAAUCGUUUUGGGCCAUUGCCUGAGAUGGUGUUCUGUAAAUACACGAAGCAAAUUCUGCAGGGUGUUGCUUAUCUCCAUGAGAACUGUGUGGUGCAUCGAGAUAUCAAAGGAAAUAAUGUCAUGCUCAUGCCAACGGGAAUAAUCAAGCUAAUUGACUUUGGCUGUGCCAAGCGUUUGGCAUGGGCAGGCUUAAAUGGCACCCACAGUGACAUGCUUAAGUCCAUGCAUGGGACUCCGUAUUGGAUGGCCCCAGAAGUCAUCAACGAGUCUGGCUAUGGGAGGAAAUCGGACAUCUGGAGCAUCGGCUGCACUGUGUUUGAAAUGGCCACAGGGAAGCCGCCCCUGGCCUCCAUGCACAGGAUGGCUGCCAUGUUUUACAUUGGAGCGCACCAAGGCCUGAUGCCGCCGCUGCCAGACCACUUUUCAGAGCAUGCCGUGGACUUCGUGCGGGUGUGCCUGACCAGGGACCAACAUGAGCGGCCUUCUGCCCUCCAGCUCCUGAAGCAUUCCUUCUUGAAGAGAAGUCAUUGA